AUCAGUUUUUUUUCAAAUUUUCCCAGCCCCCCUCGCCGGAAACUCGGCCCCUUCACAUUCUCUGUCGAUUUUCCGGCCAUAACUUUCUCUCCCGACCUCCAAAUCACAAACCGCGAACGCCCCCACGCUCCUGGCGUCGAGGAGCACAUUCCCCAAAGAGUUGGGCUGGUUUGGCCGAGGUUGGGUCGCCGGCGGUGAGUUUUCCGGCGAGUCUCCGGUGUGUUCUCCGCCGACUUUGGGGGUCUUUUUCCACUUUCUUCACCUCUCUCGUGGUCUCUCCUUGCGUCUCCAGGUGUGUUCUCCUCGUCUUUUCUUUUAUUUAUGGAGAAUCGAUUCCUAGAGUUAGGUGAAGAACUUUUGAUUGUGGAAUGAAUGGUUUGGGAAUAUUUUGGGUUUGGGGGAUGAUUGGGCUGAUUGAAUGUUGCAUGGUAUGCGUGAUAUGUGAUUUUUCUGUGAUGCCUCGAUUGGUGCUAUUUAGUACAGUUGUGGUAUGCUUGUUUCACCGGGGGCCUAGUCCACUGUCCGAAUCGCUCGAUUUGAGGGUCCCCGGUGUAUUUUGCUGUGUUAAUCUCGUAUGAUGGGUAUGCUUGUUUCGCCGGGAGUCUAGUCCACUGUCCAUAACAUUGAACCCAUUUGCUUGUGUACACUUUGUCCUUCAUUGUGUUUUGCAGGAUCAUGGAGGUUUAUCUCGACCAGAUGAACAUCUUCCAGCGCCAUAAGCUGCGGAACCUCCAUGACCGCAGCAUCGCCGAGCACUAUCACCUCGAUUGGGAGGUGUUCGAGGAGCUUCAUGUCAGGCCACAGAUGGAGGCCGUGGUCCGCUCCCAGGCUUGGCGGCGUCUUCUCACCCUCGCCGAGCCGACCUACAAGGAGCUAGUCUGGGAGUUCUACGCCACCUUCCACCACAACUCGAAGGGGAACUCCGACCAUGCUGAUACAGUUCAGUUCACCCUCGGCGGGGUGGAGCACUCCCGCAAUUAUUGGGAGUUCGCCAAUGCACUUCGUCUCAAUUCCCAGGCAGCAGGCGGGCCGCCCCUACGCUGGGACCUCUCCGAUCCCACCGACUUUGCUUGCCAGGCGUACUUUCAGAGCAUUUGCCUGCCGGACAGUGUGGAUGAAGAGUACGUGGCCAGCCAGAUGCGGGCUGCUCUCCUCCGUCCGGAAUGGCGGAUCCUCAACCACCUGAUGUGCACUUCCUACACACCUAGCAAGGGCUCGUCCAACCGGGUCACACUCCGGACUCUCUGGUUGAUGCAUGCGAUGGGUCGUUCUGAGGACACCAUCCAGCUGGGUUCUGUGCUUGCCCGGACGUUCACUAAAGCAGCCAUCAGCAUGACUCGCAGCCUCGUUUGUGGCCCGGUGAUCACCGCCUUGGCCCGCAACUACGGGGUGGACUACACCGGAAUGACAUUGGUCCGCGGACCAACCCCACUCGGCGAGGCUACUCUCCGCCACCAGCACUUGGUUGCUCGCCACGGGCGUGUGCGCUGGAUCACGGGCCUUCCUCAGCCACCUAUACCUGCAGAGGGCGACCAGGCCGAGUCGAGCGUUGCUGGUGGGCGUCGAGUUCCCCGUCGCGUUCCCAGUCGUGCCCAGGCUCCCGCGAGCCCCUCUCCUGCUCCCCGGUCUCCUUCUCCAGGGUCACCUCCUCCAGUGGUGGUGUCCUCUCCGACCAGUUAGCGGCGAUCGCGCAGCAGAAUGAGCGCAUCCUGGCCGGCCAGGAGCGCAUCCACACCCGCAUUGAUCGUGAGCGGGAUCGAGGGCGUCGUCUCAUGUCGGGUGAUAGACCGUUAAUUACACAUGUUUUCACCCCUGUUCUUACACCGUUUGAGAUGUGGUUUCUCGUGUUUUAGACCGAUUUCACGCUAGGUUGUGCUUGUUUGUGAUAUUUCAGGUCCUGGAAAGUGAAUGAAGGUUUAGGAGCGAGUUCGGGGUCGAUUAGGCGAAAAUCGGGCGCGAGACAAGUCACAAAGGAGGUCACACGGGCACACCCACAACUCACACGGCCGUGCAAGUGACCACUUUGGCCGUGUGAGAUUGUGCGAGAGCAAACACGACUUGCCCUGAUGUUCACACGGCCGUGUGAAGGAGUGGUUUAGCCGUGCGAGUUUCGCCGAGAGCAAACACGGGCAGAUGGAAAUCUCACACGGCCGUGCGACCCUGGCCGUGUGAGAAGCCUGAAGGUCGAACUAAUUGGAACGCAGCGUUUUGACUCACACGGGCAACUGGGUAAGUCACACGGCCGUGCCACCCUGGCCGUGUGAGUCGGGAUUUUUUGCUUUUAAGCAGAUUUUCAGCCACAAGUCGAGGGGAUUCGAGUUUCAGAGAGAGAUAUCAGUUCCUAGAGAGAGAAAGCGACGAACAAGAGUCUCCAAGUGCCCUAGCUUGAUCUUCAACACCAUUGGAGGCCAGUUUGAGCUUGGAGGAGUGCCGAUCAACGUCCAGGAGCAGGAAUCCAUCCUUCACAGUAUGAAUUCCGCGUCUGAUUCUACUUUUGCUUCUUUCUCCAUGGAGUAAUUCUCCCAUUCAUCUGGGUAUGGAGAACCCAAGAUUUGUAUGUUAGGCUUUGAUUGUAUGAACCCAAGUAUUGAUUCUAUGAUUGAUUAUAUUCAAUUGAGGUUUGAAUGAUUGAAUGACUUGAAUCCUGAUCAAAUUCCUGUUGUUUCUGCUUUAACCUAGAAUGAGAAUAUCUGCCUAGGUUGAUAGAGCAUCCUUGAUUGAAGGUAGGGAGUUGGUGACUUUAGUCGAGGAGCCAACUCACUAUUCUGUACCGGAUUUACUCCGGUAGUGAAGGUUUUGUUUGUUAAGGCCUCAAUCUGUUUACUCCGGUAGAGGUUAGUCGCCCGCUAGAGACUCAGAUUGAGAGGGUCUGAAGACCUUUCGUCGAGACUUCAGGCUGUUUAAGAACCUUCCGCAGUAUAACUAUCAGAGAAACUGAACUUGGUAAUUACAAUCCGGCUUAACUGUAGUCUAGGGGGAACCAUAUCUGGGUGACCUCUCUUAACCUGAAUACAACAGUUUACUUGCU